AUUAGUGUAUGUUUGGUAAAUAGAAAGAAACACAGGAACUGAGAAAUAAAGAGAAAGAAAAAAGCUGUGAAUGCUCAUGCGGAUUCUCAGGGUUUUAAUCUCGGAAGCAUAGUUGCUGCUUCCCGCUUAGCGUAUCCUUGCAUUGUAGGUUCUAGCAGUAACACGGACUUAUAUCCCUCACUGUAAGGAAGGUUUCAGGCAAAAUAAUCGUUUUCAUUUUAUUUUUUUUAAUUGCAACCUAUGGAAGAUAAAAACAAGGAACAUGAAUCCGGUUUCGUUUGUAAUCAAGAAUCUCAGACAAAUAAUGAACCUCAGGUAUGGAACUCUCGUUUUUCUGAUCAAUCUUUUGCGGCUUUACAAAUUCAGCUUCUUGUGAAGCCUUUUUCUAUUUUAUUUUUGUUCCCCCUUUCUUUUUUUCCCUGUUUUUUUCUGGCUUAGUUCUUUGUUAAUACAAUCACAGAAUAACAGAGGCUAGAUAUGAAUAUCAGUCUUAGGAACGGUGGAAAGAAAAGUAGGAAUGCAAUUUGAACUAAAAAGAAAAUGAAAAGAAAGUAAAGAUUGAAUAAAUUUUUACUUUUAAAAAUUCAUUUUUUUCCCUCUUUGGCUUCAAAAACACACAUUAUGAUAUCUACUACUUUUCUUCUAUCUUAGGGUUCUCAUCUUUUUAAUUGGAAUCAUAUGUAAAGGAGUAGCAUGAAUACCUCAAAUAUGAAGAAUCAUAAAAACCAAUUUCAGUUGUUUAAAUAGUCCUUUUGAGUUUAUUUAGAUGAAUAUGAUGAUUAACAGCACAACCAAGAGAAUGCACAGCCAAAUGUGACUGUUGGUCCUAUUGCCAAAAUUAGUAGUCCCUCACCUUCACAUGACAGCAUGCCCAACUCAAAUCAGCAACAACAACCUCCAAUUGUUCAAUGACCUUGUACUCCUCAAAAUGCCACAGAACAGUUCUUGACAAUGCACUUCCCCACCCAAGCAUCACCACCUGGUGCCUUAAAUCAAUGGCAGCAGUUUCAAUAUCAGCAGGUAUUUGCACAGACAGCAUCAUCCUUUUGGCAACCGCAACCGCCAGGAGCAAAUGUCCCUUCAUUCUUUCAGCCCUUUACUGAUACUGGCUUUCAAGGAGGACCUUCCUCAACAAUACAGACACUACUUCCCAAUAUGUCUUGCCAUUACACAUUUCCUGGCUUUCCACAUUCUUGGGAUCCACCUUCUUACAUGGCUCAGUUGUACCAAAUGCAGCAUCCUUAUGUUUUCAGUUUUCCUGGUGCACCUAACUUUUCUUCAGCAACUCCUAAGGUGCCUGAUCGCUUAGCUUCUGUAGAGCAUUCUUCCCAAAAUGGAAUUAUGAGACCACCUUCAAAACUUUCUCAGAAGCAUCAACAACUUUGGGAAGCUCAGUCAGCGGAGAAUGUUAAGCUGUGGAGUGUGAUAAAUAAAUUGCAAGCUGAAGUUUCUGAUUACAAUGAUCGGCUGAAGAAGCUUGAAGAAGAAGUAUCCUCGUUCAAAAAGAAAGCAGAAGUGCCCACUAACAAAGUUAUUGGGACAAUUCCUGUAUUAACAGUGCAACCAAAAAAGAGAGGAGGGCCUAAGAGAUCAUUGGCUUCAGUGGAUCCAUCAUAUUUGUCUCACCUCCCAGCUGGCGGUAAAAAGCCUGCACUAAGUAACUAUCUGUAUCAGAGUAAAUCACCCUUUGGAGCAGUUAAAUCACCCAUUUUUGAAAAAGUUAUCCUUAAAAAAGUGGAAAAUAAAGAAAUAACUACUCGUUCCACUACUACAAUGGUGCAGCACGAAAGCAAUGUAAACAUCUUAAAUGCUGUUAAAGAUGUGAGCUGCAAUACCCAAAUUAAUCAAAGCAACCCAAUUAUGUCUGCAUGUCAAGGCCAAGUUCCAUGUGGAAAUGGAGUAAAUGUUAAUUUUGGAAAGGAUCAUGACUUGAAAGUAGUCUACUCUGAACCAUCACAACCAGAUAAAGUUUUGAAAAAUAGUAGCAUGGGUGUUUCAGCUAAGUCUGUUGGAAAUACUGGUAAUGGGAAUGUUGGGUUGACUUCUUGCGCACCUUCUCAAGACACUGCAAAGGAUAUGCUAGAUGUUGCUCGUCGAAGUUUCUUCCAUAAUGGCAGUUUCAUCCAACAAGGAGGAAACAUAACUCCUGGAUGGAGUUUGAGUUUUGCAAAUGAAGAGGAUGCUUCAGAAGAUAUGGAAGAUGCUAUGGAAGAAUCAGCUAAAGGUGAAAAUGAAGUAAUGGGGGAUGACUCUAGCUCCGCUGCUGAAGAAAUUGGUGUACCAAAAGACCUAGGUGGUGGUUGGUUGCCCCAUGAAUGAUGCUAUGGCAACUAUUCCAAAAGCCAAAGCUAUGUCUCCCCUUAACAACUGGUAGUAUUUUUACAAGAAAUGUCUCAUACAUCUAGUUCCCUAACAAUAGAUUUUUAGUAUAAUGGGAUCACUUUGCUCAACUGGGAUAAUCUUCUAGCCAGGUGAAGGGUCACCAGUCACCAACUUGCCCAGGAUUUUUGGUAUAGACUAUAGAGCAGUAUGUAGAUUUUUGUUAAUAUUUGUCAUAUCAUUCAGGAAAUUCAUGCGGUUGGUCCUUUUGAGUCACUUGUAUAGGCUAUUUAUUACAAAAAA